ACCUCCAUCCGUCCCGUAAUAAAUGUAUUUCCCAAAAGAGAGGGCAUAUUAUAUGGGAGCAUUCUCCUCCUCUCUUUCCUUAAAUAAUCAUUCCCUUCCGUCCUCAUUUCCCAAAAUCUUGGGUCGGGCUCUUAUACUAGAAAUGCAUCGUAUGUUUAGUUAAUGGUCCACCUGCACAAUUUUUCAUCCUGACCGGCCUUCCGCAACCAAACCUCAUAUCGCGUUCUGAUAUCGAAGUUGGAACGAGAUGAACGAGACGAGCACGGAAAAGUUGUCUGAAAAGGGAAAAGAUCCAGCGGAUCCUGAUAAGGGAAAGCAGUUGGAUUCAAGAUCUGAAUCGGACCAGGUGAUGGAAGAAAGAUAUCCUGCAAAUUAUAUGCCCUAUCCAAAGCCGCUGGCGAAGUAUGAAGAGGUCAUUGCCAAUCCAGAGUUGUUUCGGGAAACACUUGAGAAGCUGCAUGCUACGUUAGGAACUAAAUUCAUGGUGCCAACCAUAGGUGGAAGGGAACUAGAUCUUCAUCGACUCUUUAUGGAGGUUACAUCACGAGGAGGUAUUGAAAAGGUGAUUGCAGAUAGGAGAUGGAGAGAAGUAACUGCUGCUUUUAGUUUCCCCUCUACAGCCACAAAUGCAUCUUUUGUACUGCGCAAAUAUUACAUAUCUCUAUUACAUCACUAUGAGCAGAUUUAUUUCUUUGGAUCACAAGGAUGGAGAGGUCUUCCAACUGCUCCUUCGCACACACCUGCAACGUCAGUUCCAUCUGAGAAGUUGAUUGACCCUAUGAUGUCGUAUCCUGAAACUCAGGCAGUUGCUCGGAAGCGUAGGAGAAGCAAUGGUGUGUCCCCACCAACAAAUCCUACAGUUGUUGGAGUAAUCGAUGGCAAAUUUGAGUAUGGCUAUUUUGUCACUGUCACUAUGGGCUCAUUGAAGCUAAAAGGUGUCCUUUAUCAUACUCCUGAACAGACCAUUGCCCAAGCACCACAAUAUUCUGGAGUUGCUGACAACAGCAAUGCAAGGGAUGUUCGCCGUCGCCGGCGUAGGAAGAAAUUGAGUAAGAGAGACCCCACACAUCCAAAGCCAAAUAGGAGUGGAUAUAAUUUCUUUUUUGCUGAGCAGCAUGCGAGGCUUAAGCCACUGCAUCCAGGAAAGGAUAGAGAAAUCAGUAAAAUGAUUGGAGAUCUAUGGAACAAAUUAACUGAGGCUGAGAAAGCUGUAUACCAAGACCGAGGUCUGAAGGAUAAGGAGAGAUAUAGAAGUGAAAUGGCAGUAUACAGGGAAAGAUUGAAAACAGGCCAGGUUAUUAGUGAUGCAGUGCCCAUCCAGCAGCGUCCUGCCGAGCCAGAGAUAGCAGUUGAAGAUGCAGAAUUGAAAAUGGAGGCAGAUGAAGGUGACCUAACUCUAGGAAAUCAAAAUGAUAGCAGUACUGAGGGUAGUGAUUCCGAGGAUAAAAAAUCAGAUGAGGGUUCAGAAAUGGAGACAUCACCUGAGGCUGGUGGAAUCGCUACAGAGUCGACUAGUUUGGCAGAUCCUUCAAAUGAGGGAGAUGAAUUUGAACUGCGGAGGAGGAACAAAGUAAAAUUGGAGAACGAGCAUGACCUUCCAGGUUCCAGCGAGGGUGCAGAAUCCAAAAAGUUAAUGGAGUCAUCAACUGAUAAGCAGUGAUUAUAGGUGAUAUUGAACUUCAAAUCAGACUGAUUUUCUAAUUGACAUAUAGCAUUUCUUCCUUAUCCUCGUACAUCCAACAGAGUUUGUAGUUUUGGAAUUAUUCUUUUCUAUUGGCAAGUUAUGGAUGGCAAACUUUUGAAGGUAUUCUGGUGAAGGUGGCAAGUCAGCAAAUAAAGAGUGGAAAUGAUGCUAUCCUUCCCAUGGCCGUAAGAAACGAUCCCAGCAAAUAAAGAGUGGAAUUUGACAAGAGUCAUAGGAAAAGGUAAAGAGGAAGAGAUCUCUCUUUUCUUAAAAAAAUUUAAAAGCCCAUCUUUUUCUCAGGAAUUUUUGAUAAGGCCACUGACUGGUGACCAACUCAACGGGUGACCGGCUAAAGAAACUCUAAUGCUCAUCCACGCUUUGGUGAUCUAGAAUAUUUCACAUUUGUCAUACAACAUCCAAGUGCUUCGGACACGGGAGACGGGCCACUAUCUACGCCAGCAUGACACGCACAAACACGCUAGCAAAGACAUCUGUACCAAUGUCUGCAUACAGAAGGAAUUAUCAUAACAAGCUAGCACUGAUCAUGUGCAACUUAUGAAGAUUUAUUAAACUCAGUGAUAAUAUAUUUUUCUAAAAGUUAUAAUGCAA